AUGUCCAGUGUCAGCCUGAAUCUCCAACAAUGCACAGACGUACCUGAGAAAGGCAAUGGCCCAGAGGGCCAGAAAAAGGACGACAGAGUCGACACAAGGCAUGACAAGGACGAUAAGAAGCACGACAAUGACGCAUAUUCGAUUUGCACAGACGAAGAGGAAGAUAUGGAGGACUACAAGAAGGGCGGUUAUCACUACAUUGCCGUCGGAGAUGCCUUUAAUGAAGGUCGCUAUGUAAUCCUGCAGAAACUCGGUUGGGGCCACUUUUCGACCGUAUGGCUGGCAAGGGAUACAAUUAAUAACCGGCAUGUGGCCCUCAAGGUUGUCAAGUCUGCUACACACUACACAGAGACCGCCCUAGACGAGAUCAAGCUGCUUGAGAGGGUGGUCAACGCCAAUUCUGAUGCGCCUGGACGGAAAUAUGUUGUGGAGCUGCUCGACCAUUUUAUGCACCAUGGACCGAACGGCACGCACGUUUGCAUGGUCUUUGAGGUCCUGGGCGAGAAUCUGCUCAGUCUCAUCAGGCGCUUCCAUCAUCGGGGUAUCCCCAUACACCUGGUUCAGCAGAUCAUAUACCAAGUCUUGAUGGGUCUGGACUACAUGCAUCGGGAAUGCAAUAUCAUCCACACGGAUCUCAAGCCAGAAAACGUCCUGGUCUGUGUCGAGGAUGUCGAGAAGGUCGUGCGGGGGCUCUUACGGGACGCAGACGAGACCUGCACAGCAAAUGGAGACCUGCCAAGCGGCCGAUCGGGCACCACCAAAGUUAUCGGCAGCAAGCCUUUGACGCAUCGAACGCGCCCAUGCGCCGAAAACUCCCAUAUCAGCGCACCAUCCUCAGCGACUGCAGACUCUUCCUCAGCUUCCACACCAACCGAUAAUCAGGAUCAUGACAGUAACCGCACCAUGGUCGAUACAGCAUCAUGCAACUUGACCAGGACAAUGAGCGGCAUCAAUUUGGACAAGACAGCACCUGCAGGCAGGUCCUCAGAUCGGGACACAUCUACCACGUCCGAAAAGAUAACUGUCAAAAUUGCAGAUCUGGGUAACGCAUGUUGGGAGGACCAUCACUUUACAAACGACAUCCAGACACGGCAAUACCGAUCGCCUGAGGUCAUUUUGGGGGCCAAAUGGGGAACAAGUACCGACGUCUGGAGUGUGGCAUGCAUGACCUUUGAACUGAUCACCAGCGAUUACCUUUUUGAUCCUCAGAGCGGACCCUCCUUCAGCAAAAAUGAUGAUCAUAUGGCUCAGAUCAUCGAGCUGAUGGGCCACUUCCCCAAGAAACUGGCCCUGAGUGGGAAGUACUCUCACGAAAUGUUUAAUCGCAAGGGCGAGCUCCGGAACAUUCAGAAGCUGCGGAUGUGGAGGUUGGAGGAUGUGCUGCGCGAAAAAUACGUGAUGCCAUCCAAGGAUGCAGAAAUGCUAGCCAGUUUCCUAGAGCAAAUGCUGCUGCUGGACCCCGCACAGCGAGCGACGGCAGGCAAGAUGACACAGCAUCCAUGGCUGCGCUACACCCCAGAGGAGGAGCAAACGCAGCCAUCGUCCAACGGCGAGCGGAGAUGGUCUGUUUGA